AUAAAGAAAAAAGUUGAGCUAAAAUUGUUUCCCUCCUAAACAUGCCGCCAGACCUUCCACCUUCCCUGUCGAAGAGCUAAAAUCUCAUUAAUACUUACAAAACUUUUUCUCCAGAACCAUCCUUCUCAGUCACCCAAACCCUUCACCCAAAGAAAUAUGCUACAGUUCUAGAAGCGCAUCAGACCUUCAGUUCUCCAAGCGGACAGGGAAGAAGACCCCCCACAGUGUAGCAUCAAAGCACGUAGAGGUCGAUCAGCUUAAAGAUGUCAGGUGUAGGAUCUAAAAGAGAUGGACAAUCUAAUGGUAAAGGACGAAAAUCAAGAAAAAAAAAAGCCACGUGCAGUAGAGCGAUAGGCAGUUCAAUUGCCCGCCAUAAUCCCAUCACGACCCCUCCCAUCUCAUACUGGUCCAUCUCAUGUCAAUGAGUCUUCCUUUCCGUAGGGUGUUGAAGUCAAUCUUUCCCAGCCUCAAAACACUAAUUUUGUACCUCCGAUAAUCCCAUCAGGACCCCUCCUAUCUCACACUGCUCCACUUCAUGUCAAUCAGUAUUUCUUGCAUCAAUCUAAUGUUGAAGUCAACCAUUCCCAGCCUCAUAACAAUGAUUUUGUGCCUCCCAUAAUCCCAUCACAACCCCUCUUUUCUCAUACUGGUCCACUUCAUAUAAAUGAGCAUGCUUCGCCUCAACCUAGUCUUAACAAUCUAUCUCAGCCUCAUAACAUUGAAUCUCAACCACAACCUAAUCAAUCCCAGCCUAUAAAUCAAGAAACUAAACCAUUGAUGUCACCAUCAACCAAUGUGACUCCAUCCACCUAGUUUAGUACGGUUGGAAAUGGAGAUGAUGAUCAACGAAUAUGGAUUGUACCUGAAGUGGAUGGGUAAUAUAUAGUACUAACUUGUAACUAUACAUGUAGUUAGGUGAAUUUUUUACAUAUAUGUUUGUUAACUAUUGUAUUUUAUGUAGGUUUGAUCCUCACAAGCAAGUAAUUCAAGGUAUUACUGAUUGCAUUUGUAGUAAAUUUGAGUUGGCUAGACCUUCUUGGAAGAAGUUCCCAGAAUCUACUCAUAAUAUGUGGUUUGAGGAAUUCAAGAAGAAAUUUAGAUGGCUCCCUCACUAUAAUCAUGCUAUACGGCGCAAUUUUGAGAAAAGGGCAGCUGCAAGGAUGAGCCAACUUUUUCAAGAUGUUAGAAAGAACUUGACUGUGAAGCCACAUUGGAUGGGGGAUGCUGUAUUCAAGGAGAUGAAGGAGCAUUGGGAGUCUCCAGAGUUCAAGGCAAAGUCCGAACAAAACAAAAAGAAUCGUGAUUCAAAUCUUUGGUGCAUCACUUCAUAUAGGUGGUUGUAUACCUCAUCGAGUGAUCUUUAAGAGAAUGAAAGAAGCUACUGGAAAAGAUCCUUCAAUUUCAGAUUUUUAUUUUCACACUCAUCGCAAGAAAAGUGAUAGCAGUUGGGUAAAUGAGAAAGCUGAAGCUACUUAUAACAAUUUUGAAAGAAAGAAACAAGAAUUAGCAGCUUCUCAAAAUGCAUCAAUUGUGGAAGGAGACAGUAAUCCAGUUAGUCAACCUUCUCAAUUAAGUGAAAUGGAUAUUUGGGUGCAAGCUGUUGGUGGAAAGAAAAAAGGAAGAGUUGCGGGUCUUGGCUCCUUAGGUCGAUCUGUAAAAGCAAAUAAGCAAUCAACAUCGGCUUUAACGGGAGAAAUUGAUGAGAUGAUUAAAUCCCAGGUACAUGCUUCCAAUGCGGACUUAUAUGCUCAGUUGCAGGAAGAGCGACGCAAAAAUAAGAGGAUGAGGAAGGAAUUAGACUUAUUGAAGAAGCAUGUAUACAAUGCAUCAUCUACAAAUGAGCGAUCAUCUCAAAGAAGACAUCAAGGUUAUGAAAAUGAAAGUGGUGACAACUCUGAUAACGUGAAUGGAAGUGAUUCUGAUGCUGAAAACGUGAAUGAAAGUGACUAUGAUCAAGAAUGAGAUAGUUGAUAGUACUAUUUGGGAUUCACUUUUGAGAUAUUUUGUUUGUUUUUGAACUAAGCCGCAUUAUUGGUAUUGAUGUUAUGAAUUGUGUUU